CAAGAUGGCAGCAUGACUAGUUACAGUGGCAUGAGCCCCUCUGGCUCAGAGCCAUCCUCAACAAUGCGCAUGGUGAACAGCAAAGGCAAAUCUCUCAACUGCAAUUUCUGCGGAAAGUCCUUCCUCUACAGCUCCCACCUUGCCAUGCACAAGCGCAUUCACACUGGUGAGAAGCCGUUUUCCUGUGACUUCUGCAGAAAGACUUUUGCUUAUUCGUCGCACUUAAAGAUGCAUGAACGACUGCAUACCGGAGAGAAACCGUUCUCAUGUGAUUUCUGUACAAAGUCUUUUAGUUAUUCCUCUCAUUUAAAGAUGCAUAAACGGACACACACUGGCGAGAAACCAUUUCCGUGUGACUUCUGUGAAAAGACUUUUUCAUAUUCUUCCCACUUAGCCAUGCACAGAAGAGUGCACACAGGUGAGAAACCUUUCACUUGCCAGUUCUGCAACAAGACCUUUAGCUAUUCCUCACAUCUCAGAAUACACCAAAGAACACACACUGGGGAGAAACCAUUUGUGUGUAAUUUCUGUGGAUCUGCCUUCGCUCUUUGUGGAACUCUUGUGAAGCACAAGAGAAAGCAUGCUAAUGCUGCCGACCCUGACUCGGUUGGAAUGUCUGGCAGUCAGAUGUCUGUUGGUGCAGACAACAAACAAGCUAUGUACACGACCUGUACUAAUGGCAGUUGCGGCAGUCUUUGUGUGGCUGCGACAACCUGCUGUGGUGGUGGUGACAGCUGCUGCGCUGCUGUCGGCGGUGGCUGCAAUGCUUCCAGAAGUCGGAUAAUGGAACAGAAUGAGAAUACUCGAGAAGCUCUGGCCGUAGCGUCCGAAAUAGGAGUCGGCAUCAGCAUGGCCGCUGAGGCUGGCGUCAACGUGAAGAGUUUUGGCAAGACACCAUCACAGAUGGUAAGGAACCAUUUACAUGGGCAUGGGCAUGCACAUGGACACAGCCACGGACACGCGCAUAGCCAUGGACAUAACCAUGGACACGGGCAUGGAGUUCGUGUGGACAAUACACGCCAUUGAAGUGUCUCAACACAAUAACCCAAGUGACCAAAUUCUUUUUUCUAAAUGUUAGCUGAGAAAACACAAUAACCACCACAACCACAACCGAAAUGCAACGGUCUAUUUACGUACCAUUGUUGGUUGUGGGUCAUUACUACAAUCAUAUAUAAACAUAUAUAUAUAAAUAUAUACACACACACACACACACAAAACAAUAAACACAUCCAUAUACACAUACAUAAAAACAUGAGACAAUGUGCACACCCAUAUACAUACAUAUAUAUAUGCACACACACACACACACACACACAUCCCCAUGAACUUGAAUAUACACCCCUCUCCAAGAAAACUUGAAUAACUGCACUCAUACAUACAUGCCUAUAUGAACAUAAACAAACAUUAACUACUUUUGUGUCUACAUACAUGAGGUAUAACAUAUUUAUUGCAUAGAGACACACAGACCACAUACGAGUAAGUAUACUCAACAAUAUGUAUUGCCGUAAUAUAUCAUUCAUCUUUCUACUGAAAAAAAAAAUGAUAUUACUAUCUACAUAUAUGUCAGUAUGUGAGUGCAUAUAUAUACACACACAUACACACACACAUAUAUACACAUAUAUAUACAUACACACAUACAGUAAGAUGAAUAGAAGGAUCUAAAGCAAUUAGUGGUUGUCUGCAUCUGUGAGUAUAAAAAACUGUUCAAGAAUUGUGAUAAAUUGAUUUUACAUAAGGAAGUGGGGGGAUUUAAGUCUACACAAAGCCUCUCCUAAAAAUGGUAACAUCUAGAACAUUUAAGUUCUUCGUGGUAAACCAAUUUAUUUCAUUUUUGAACCCUGUGUGUGUGUGUACAUGCUGAUGGUUGUCGAGUUGGCAGAACGCAUGCAGUCUGAGACUACAAGUUCAUGGGUUUCUGUUUCUCAGUGGCACCAUUAGAAAAUAAUGGAGACUUCAUAAAGAUUUCAGAAACAAAAUUAACAAUUUUUUAAUUUAAGACUUAGAUACAGAAAGUUUAGGUUUUUAAUUUAAAUAUGGAGCACUUGAAAAAGAGUUGUUUUACAUAUGUCUGUAUAUUUUCAUAAUCUUUAAAAUGAUUCCACACAACAGCUGGCUUGGUGAACAAGCCAACCUUGCUCUCUGAUCAGAAUGUUAGUCUAUCACAGCUGUGCGAAUUGGUGUAACAUCAAAUGAUGUGUUUUCAUUAAGAACACAACAUGCUGCCCGGUCUAGGAAUCAAACUCACGAUCUAACAAUUGUUAGUGUAAUACCCUAACCACUGGGCUAUGUGCCUUCACACACCAUAUAUAUAUAUAUAUAUAUAUAUAUAUAUAUAUAUUUGUGUGUUUCUUCCGGCUAGUGCUGGAGCACCACCAUCAGUACUAUUGAAGUCUUCACACUGUGUUUGGUAUUUGGCAAAUGAAAAAUUCCUAUUUCUCUGUUACUGUGGUGUAAGUGACAGGAAUCUUUUUCUCUGAUGUUAAACUGAAAUAUGUGGUAU